UGACGCGAGCUGCGGCAGAGGCUCCCCCGCGCCCCGGGGGCCCCCCACCCUCCAGGAUCAUUGGCAUCAGCCUCCAGGAAGCUCAGCAGAUCCUUAAUGUCUCAAACCUCAACGCGGAGGAGAUCCAGAAGAACUAUGACCACUUGUUCAAAGUGAACGACAAAUCAGUAGGAGGCUCCUUCUACCUGCAGUCCAAGGUGGUGAGAGCCAAGGAGCGGCUGGACGAGGAGCUCCGCAUCCAGGCCAAGGAUGAGAAGAAGGGGUGGAAAGCCGAGACAUGA